AUGGCUGAUAAUGAAACAUCAUCUGAUGCUGAUCCUUUCUCAACGGCAAGCAGCCCGGGGAGGGUGCGGGAACCAUUGACCUCCAGCCCAGGUCGUGACCUGCCACCUUUUGAAGAUGACUCCGAGUUGAUUGGUGGAGAUGCUGACCCAGAGCAGGAGGAGGAGGAGGGAGAAAAUCUAUUUGGUGAUGACAUUGAAAGAGACUACCAGCCAAUCGCAGAGCUGGACGUCUAUGAAGAUGUUGGCUUGGACACUUCUGAAUAUUCUGAGAUGUCUGUUACCCAGCGUGUCGACGCAGAGAGAGAGAUUCGAGACAGGGAGAGGGAGGAAGGGGUUAGAGCUGGCCGCAUGAGACGAGGACUUCUGUAUGAUGAUUCUGAUGAUGAUGAUGACAGACCAGCCAGAAAAAGACGAAUGGCCGAACGUGCAGCUGAAGGUGUAGCCACAGAAGAGGAUGAGAUGAUAGAGAGUAUUGAAAAUCUGGAGGAUAUGAAAGGUCACACAGUCCGUGAGUGGGUUGCCAUGCUUGGACCAAAGACAGAAAUCAAACACCGUUUCAAGAACUUUCUGAGAACAUACGUCGAUCAGAAGGGUCACAAUGUGUACAGGGAAAAAAUCCGACAAAUGGUUGAAUUGAACAAAGAGAGUUUGGUGAUUGACUACAACAUGCUGGCAUCCAUGGAACAGGUUUUGGCAUAUUUCCUGCCGGAAGCACCUUCAGAGAUGUUGAAUAACCUAGAUGAGGCUGCUAAAGAAGUGGUCUUUAGCAUGUAUCCAAAUUACGAAAGAAUUACAAGGACCAUACAUGUGCGAAUAGCAGACUUACCUUUGAUUGAAGAAAUCAGGUCACUAAGGCAGCUUCAUUUGAACCAGUUGAUCCGCACAAAUGGGGUGGUGACAAGUGUGACAGGUGUACUUCCACAGCUGAGUGUCAUUCGUUACGACUGCAACAAGUGUUCUUUUGUGUUGGGUCCAUUCUAUCAAACACAGAACACAGAAAUCAAGCCUGGAUCUUGCCCCGAGUGUCAGUCCCAGGGGCCAUUUGAGAUUAAUAUGGAACAGACACUCUACAAAAACUAUCAAAGAGUCACCAUUCAGGAAAGCCCAGGAAAAGUACCAGCCGGCCGUCUGCCUCGUUCUAAAGAUGCUAUUCUUCUGGAUGAUCUGGUCGAUACCUGCAAGCCAGGAGAUGAAAUUGAGCUGACUGGUAUUUACCACAACAAUUACGAUGGGUCCCUGAACACAGCAAAUGGUUUCCCAGUGUUUGCAACUGUCAUUCAGGCCAACUAUGUCACCAAGAAGGAUGAUAAAACAGCAGUGGCAUCCCUCACAGAUGAAGAUAUCAAGGCAAUUGUUGCCCUGUCUAAAGAUGAACGGAUUAGUGAAAAGAUCUUUGCCAGCAUGGCUCCAUCUAUUUAUGGCCAUGAAGACAUCAAGAGAGCCAUUGCUCUAGCCAUAUUUGGAGGAGAAGCAAAAAACCCUGGCCUAAAACAUAAGGUGAGAGGUGAUAUCAACAUACUCAUUUGUGGAGACCCUGGCACUGCCAAGAGUCAGUUUCUGAAGUACAUUGAGAAGACCGCACCCAGAGUUGUCUUUGCUACAGGCCAGGGGGCGUCAGCUGUAGGUUUGACAGCUUAUGUUCAGAGGAACCCAGUCACCAGAGAGUGGACUCUGGAAGCCGGGGCUUUGGUACUUGCAGACAAGGGGGUGUGUCUCAUUGAUGAGUUCGACAAGAUGAAUGAUCAAGAUCGAACUAGUAUACAUGAAGCUAUGGAACAGCAAAGUAUCUCUGUGUCCAAGGCCGGCAUUGUCACGUCCCUUCAGGCCAGAUGCACCAUCAUCGCAGCAUCCAACCCGAUAGGAGGUCGGUACGACCCAUCACUAACAUUCUCCGAAAAUGUUGAUUUGACAGAACCAAUUUUGUCCAGAUUUGAUGUUUUAUGCGUUGUACGAGACACAGUAGAUUCUGUCCAGGAUGAACGUUUGGCUAAGUUUGUCGUUGGCAGCCACAUGCGACAUCAUCCUAAUGCAACAGAAGCUGAAGCAGAGCUUCCUCCGAGCCAGUUUGGAGAUUCCAAGUUGGAGCCCAUUCCACAGGAGCUGCUGAAGAAGUACAUUAUGUAUGCCAAGGAGAAGGUCAGACCCAAACUGCAUCAGAUGGACCAGGACAAAGUUGCCAGGAUGUAUUCUGAAUUAAGACGAGAAUCUAUGGCUACUGGCAGCAUUCCUAUCACAGUUCGUCACAUCGAGUCCAUGAUCAGGAUGAGUGAGGCCCAUGCCCGAAUCCACUUGAGAGAUUAUGUGAACGAGGAUGACGUCAAUAUGGCCAUUCGAAUCAUGCUGGAAAGCUUCAUCAGCACCCAGAAAUUCAGUAUCAUGAGGACAAUGCGCAAGACUUUUGGCCGAUAUUUGUCAUUCCGGAAAGACAACAACGAGUUGCUACUUUUCAUCCUUAAACAACUGGUUCAGGACCAAAUGGCCUUCCACAGAAACCGAUACGGAACUGAUUCAGAACAAAUAGAAAUCUCAGAGAAGGAUCUUGCAGAUAAAGCUCGCCAGAUAAACAUCCACAGUUUGACUGCUUUCUACGACAGUGAGCUCUUCCAAGCCAACCACUUCAGACAUGAUGUCAAACGAAAGGUCAUAGUUCACACCUUGUGA